CAAGUUAUCUAAACAAAUGUUUUACUUGCAAAGGGAGGUGUGGUCUAAACAUUAGGGUUGGGCACAUGUAUAUCGACACCACUGUGUCUGAGAGAAACGUCAUGAGUGUAUGAGCUAUAGGAUUGGUGGCUAUUGUAUGUGUCUACGGAACGGUAGGGCACGUAAGGGAUCCCAUUGACUGCCUAUGAGAGAGGGAUAGCAAGAGAGUGGACAACACGAGUGUUGAGCUUAUUGUGAAUAAUAGUUUGAUUACAACACUAAUAAUCGCAUGUAUUGUAAGUCUAUGUGAUUGAGGACUCACUCUAAACAUUCAAAGCAAAUCUCGCGUCAGAUUUGAAUGCUUUUUGAAUUAACUCUUUAAAAGUGAAACAAUCUUUGAUGACAUCUUAAGACUUAAGUUGUGACACAAUUGUUGACAAUAUUGACAACAAGUGUUGCAGACAUCGACCGAUGUCUCCUCUAUGGUCUCCCAUAUCAUCUAAUAUACCGAUGUGUUCGUCACUAAGCUCUGGUGUUCAUUCAUCACAUGACAAUCCGGCCACUGCUGCCAUGUCCUCAAUGUCGUCACUGUUCUCGUCGGUCAAUGCAUCGACACAUCCAUUAUAUGCAGCCAUCUAUAGUCAAGGUCACGGUCCCCAUGCAAUGGCCAACACACCGAACCACUCGACUUCUGCCAUCCCUUUGAUACACAAAAGCGCGUUUCACUCACCCUUUCAUGACAUCAAAAGCCUUACAUCCAGUGCUAGUGGACUAUCUAUUGACUGGUUAGCCCGCACUGGCCUACUAUAUCAUCGACCAACCGCAGGUGAUUCAGCCGAAACAAAUCAUUGUCCAAUAAAAGAGGCCACAAAUCGCACGAUGAAAGAGGACACGAGUCGAGCUUCAAGUAAGCAUCACAAUCAGCAUCACAAUCAACACCAUAAUCAGCACCAUCUGAAUGAGCCCCCCAACAGUGCCAGUAGUGCCGCCUCUAACCAUUCGAGCGCCGAUAGCAAUAGUAGUAGAGAUAGUAAGAGACGGCGGACCCGAACCAACUUCAACGGCUGGCAACUCGAGGAACUGGAAAAGGCUUUCGAGGCCUCACAUUAUCCCGACGUCUUCAUGAGAGAAGCACUCGCUAUGAGACUUGAUUUGAUUGAGUCCAGAGUUCAGGUGUGGUUUCAAAACAGAAGAGCCAAAUGGAGAAAAAGAGAAAACACUAAGAAAGGUCCGGGAAGACCAGCACAUAAUGCUCACCCACAGUCAUGUAGCGGUGAUCCCAUACCACCCGAUGAAGUGGUCAAAAGAGAAAAAGAGAAAAAAGAGAAAAAAAUUAAAAAACAAUUGGAAAGACAAGUAAAGAGAUUACAACAGUCAAAGGCAAAGCCAGGUGUGAAUACAACAACACUUACCGAAGCCAUACAUCAAACUCUGUCAGAGCUGAGAGCAAUUAAUUUCAGCAAAGAAGCCAAAGAGUUGGUUGGCUCUGAACUGUUCCAGUUGUUGACCGAUACACUCAAUAUUGACGUCAUCGACAUUUUUACCAAAGUUAUUCCUCAACAGCAUAUCCGUAGAUAUAACACAAAUAAAUUAAGUGCUUCGCAAAACAAGUCUAACGCUUUCUCCAUUGAAAACCUUUUGUCCACUUGUGGUGGAACUGCAACUUCAGGUAGUGGUGAUCCCAAACAUGACAAGUCAUCAGUCAACCAGUUUUCUCAACCAAUCGGUUUUCUUGUGAAUACACGACCCAUAUAUGAAUCAAAUGACGACUCUAAUGAUGACUCUGAUUCUGAUGACGACAGCUCUGUGGACAGUGAAUACAUGUCACCACAUCACGAAUGGGUCAGUAGUCCUGAAUUGGAUGUCACCGAAGACACUGAAUCACAACCUAAAGACUAUAGUAAUAAUAAUACUAAUGGUGUGAGAGAUGUGCCAUCAAUUAACAACUAUAAGCCUAUUGAUCAAAACAACAACGAUAGUGACAACUCAAACACUUGAGAUUU